AUGGGCGUUAGAGGAUCCAUCGGUGCUCCAAUGCCCGGCGAAAUACUGCAGAUCAAGGUGAAAGUUGGGGAUCACGUAAAGGCAAAAACACCUGUCGCCGUACUCAGUGCGAUGAAAAUGGAAAUGGUCAUCGAAAGUCCCAUUGACGGAGUGGUGAAAAGCAUUGCCGCAACGCCAAAAAUGAAAUGUCUCGCUGGAGACUUAGUGAUGGAAAUUGAGUAA